AAGUUAAAGAAUACUGAAAGAAAAUCUGCUGUUUUAUUAACCGGCAGAUUUGAGUGCAGUGGCUCUUUGACUCCAAGCUCUUAUUCUUUGAACUAGAGUAGAGGUAGAAAAUCGCUAUCCAUCAUGCUUAAGUGGUUCAAUUUUUCCCGCGCUGUAACACCUUUCGUGUUGCGUCCGAAACACCACGUGCGCGGGUUGACUGAUGUGGUUUCGUCUACAGCUAAAACAGUGGAACAGCCACCGGUUGAGGGUGUUCCCGACAAAUUAUAUAGCCGGUUGGAACUGCAAAUGAAAGGAAUUGACCCAGAAGUAAUGAAAAGCUAUGCCAUUUUCGCCAAAACCGCCGCAGAACAUCUAGACAUUGAAGUGGGCAAACACUGGGCUCUACGAAAAGCAGUAAAAGAUCGUUUAACGCUCCUUAAAUCAGUGCAUAUUUAUAAGAAACAUCGCGUUCAGUACGAAGUGCGUAAUUACUACCGAUUUAUGCACUUUCACAAGCUCACUGGGUCUACGCUCGAUACCUUUUUGGAAUAUAUCGAACGCAAUUUGCCGGAAGGAAUCGCCCUAAAAGUCACAAAAGUAGAGCUGCAGGAGCUUCCGGAACAUUUGCGAAAGUAGCUGAACGUGAAUGUGUGA